AUGGAUGAUAUAUUUGAUGACAACGGUGAUGAUCUCACUAUAGCCCAUCAUGAUGCAAAAAUUAUACAAACGACUCGGUUCAAAGAUGGCUUUCGUGAAGGAUGGGAAUCGAGUGAACAAGAUGCAUUCGAAAGUGGUUUUAUUCGUGGUUAUUCUCUUAUAUCAUCACUUGUCUAUGAUUAUAAUUAUGAAAAAGAACGUUUACGCUUAGAAAAUCCUUUGAAUCUUUUAUUGAAAAAAGAAAUUCAAGAAUUCGAUAAUGAAUUUCAAUCAACUAUUGCUCAAUUAAAGCUACCAGAUGAAUUGAAUGAAGAGCAACAAAAUGAAACUAUUACACGCUUACGAAUACAAUUCGAUGAUAUUCUUUUAAAAAUAAAAUUUGAAUUAACAUCAAUUAAAUCCGUAUAA